AUGCUGAUCAAAGUCGUUGCUUAUUGUUCGCAGGAAGCCACCGUUCCUCGUUCGAACAAGAGCCGUGCUGAUCCAAGACGUUGGCCACCGUUCGCAGGUCUUCGUGAGUCUGUCGGUCUUCGUGGAGACCUGUCAGGGGUAGCUGAUGGGAUUAGUGUCACAGUGGCUGCUAUUGGAGGCUUUGCGCAUCGCGCGACGAUGCAGGUCGUGUGCGCGGUGAUCACUGAUCUCAAGUUUUUCACUUUUGGUUUUGGCCGCCGAGUGUGUCCUGGUCAACAUGUCGCGAAUCGGUCCAUCUUCAUCAAUACGGCUGUUAUUCUCUGGGCUUUCUGUUGGAACUAG